CAAAAAAGUUUUUAUUUAAAUUUACCCAUCUGCACAACAAUACAAGCCGCAAGGGUUAUCGUCAAUCGAAGACAUUAUAUGUAUGAUGUUAGUAAAAGAAGGGACCGGAAUGCUUAUUGUUAUUGGAAUAAUUUCUGUGACUAUUUUACUAAUAAUUUUCAUCCUUGGAGUGUUUCUUUAUUCAUUUUACCGCAAGUACAGAAAUGGCGAGCAAACGUUGGAGGUAAAUUCAGAGCUGUCAGUUGAAACAAGUUCGGAUACACAGAAGAGUGAAGGGAAUAAAUAAAAAUAUUUUUUGUUGAUCUAAUAUUGAUAAAUGGAUUGUAAAUAAAUUUUUGUAUAUUAAGUAGUUGUUUUUAUUUGAAUGAGAUAAAUUUUAAUUUGAAUUGAUUCUGUAUUUCCUAGGUGUUUUGGAGUUUUAAGCAAAAAAUUUGUUUUUAGAGUACGUCGUGUACCGAGUAAUUGACGGAAACCCGAGCGAGUAC